AUGGAAACAACCUCAAGUGUUUGAAAUUUGGAGAGUUAUGGAUGACACAGAUGAACAAAAUUUUGUGCCAGAUAAUUCAAGUGAAUUAGAUAUACAGCAACACUCUCUGUUAAUUUUAAGAGAAAGAGACAUACCCAAAACAUCUCCACUUUAUUUCUCAACCCCAUCAUGUGUAGAACAUUACAUAACAGAAGAGAGAAGUCUUUGGACAAAAAAGGGUGAAUUUGUUUGUUACAAGGAAGACACAAGAGUAGAUCCACCAAGAAUCUGUAUUUGGAACCAUUUAUCAAAAGAUGAUGUACACCAUUUAAAAUUAAUGAACUUUAAGAAGGAUGAAGUCUCUCAACGAGUAGAGAGAAUAAUGCUGCAAGAUCGAAUACCUGGCAGCAGAAAACUACUAACUGAGCUGCUAGUAGACGUUCUACAUUUUGGAAGAAGAAAUGGAUUCAAUGACAAGAAAAUUUCAUCCAUUUUCUCCAUUUUUCUACUUACAUAUGAGUACUUUGCAGCUUCACUCUGGCGAACUACAAGAGAAACUUAUAAUUAUUUUAGGGAAUCAAUACUUCUCCAUACAAUCCAGCGUCCACCAAAAAGUGCAGAAAUAUUUGAACCACAUGAAUGUCGCCUGGCACUUAUUUAUUUCUGUAAGGUAUACUUGCGCUAUUUACCACUUCUACAUACAGCACUGCUACCAAAUUACAAGCUGCAUAUCACCUGGGAUGAAUUACCUGAAUUAGAGAAAAUUACUGCUAAAAAGAAGUAAAUUAAAUAAAAAACAUUUUUGUUGUAGUCAUCACUAUGUAACUUAAAAUUCAAAUAAAAAUUAAUUAGUAAUGGA